GCAUCCAAAAUGCUGGAAGAGAUGAGGCUGGUCCAAAUCUUAAAGGAAACAUGGACUUUGUCCUUCCUGAGAUGCAUUUUUUCUGAAUUUGUUGGGACUGCCGUCUUUGUGUUUGCUAGCUUGGCUUCCACCAUCAUGUGGCAUCAGCCUACAGCUGAAGCAGGAGGGUCCUCCAGUGGUCCUCAGUCUCAUUCUUUGGCCACUGAUCUGACCCAUGACCUUUCAGUUGGAGCCCCUCAACACUCCACAGCUUCAGUGAUGCAGGCUUCUCCAGAUCCCGUUCAUGUGUCACUGACCUUUGGGAUUUCGGUGGCCAUCGUGUCUUUGUGUUUGGGAUCAGCCGGUGGUGUCCACUUGAACCCAGCAGUGACUCUGGCUCUUCUUGCUGGUUUUCGAGUAAGCCCCAUGCGAGCAGUUCUAUAUGUCAUUGCUCAGCUUCUGGGAUCCAUCACGGCUUCAGCUUUUCUUCAUGGAGUCACACCAGCUGGGGUUCGUGGAGACCUUGGAUUGAAUACGCUUUCCCCAGGAGUCAGCGAGUUUCAAGCCCUGGGUGUAGAGAUGGUGAUCACCUCUCAGCUCAUUCUUUGUGUCUUUGCCACUUCAGACAAAAAAUCAUCCCUGAACAAGUUUGCACCUGUUAUCAUCGGUCUAUCAGUUACCUUGGGACAUCUUGUGGCUAUUGGCUUCACGAGUUGUAGUAUGAAUCCUGCACGAUCCUUUGGUCCUGCUGUCGUUACUGCAAGUUUCAAAAACCACUGGGUGUUCUGGGUCGGUCCAUUGGGAGGAGCAAUUCUGGCAGCUUUGGUGUACGACUUCAUGCUGGUCCCAAGAUGGAGCAGCUUGACUGAAUGGCUGACAGGAAUGAGAGAGGCCUUCCUGACAGACUCUGACACAUCGCCAGACAACACAAGCACAAACAACGCCAAUGAACCAUGAAAAUAAAUGGAUAUUGUAUAGUAUUCGAGUUGAUGUUGAAUGAAAAAACAGCUGUUCACACAAUGAAUCAUUCAUAAGGAAUUGCAAAGCCAUGGGUAUGUCCUGAAUCGUUUACUGUGGUCCUGUAGUUUUGCAGUUUACUCUUGGUUGUUAAACAUUUACCAUGUUGUUUUUCCCAAGCAUUACCAGUCUUGCUUUGCAUCCCUUAACUAUAGUCUUCCUGCUAAUAUAUUGCAUACCGUGCUUUUGUUUCUUGGGAUAUCUGCUGUAUACCAUAUUAAUCGUGAUGUAGCUACAUUCAACAUAUUAAAGAUGUAUUUUUAAUAUUUUCUGGAAGAAUCUGUGUGUUGUUGAUUAAGUAAGGUAGAUAAUUGUCUUUAAUAAAACUGGUACUGCUGUCUUGCUAAAAUAUGCUACUUUCAAUGUUAUUAAAAAAACAUUAGGGACAUUACGUUUAUAUAUUAAACCCUUACUAUUCUUAUCAUUCUGAGUGGUUCUUGUUAGAAAUGUGUAGAUACUGUAUGUUUUAGGUGCUUUCUCUUGAGUUCAGAAGCUGCUUUUCAGUUCUAGUUGCCUGCCAUAGAUAAACGUAACUUAGACUAGUCCAGUCAGUGCCUUUAUAGAAGUAAGAACCAGUGCCAUCUAGUGAUCUGCCACUUUAGUCUGUUUCCUUUUGUUUGGCUUGCAAAGCAGAGUAGUGCUUUGGAUGAUAUGGUGUAUGGCAGGCAAGAGGAUCUGAAGUGUACUUGAACUCAUAGUGGAAGCACCUUAACACAGACUAUUUAACAUGUACUGUUUUAACUGUUUGUGAACAGGUUACAACAUUGUGAUUCAUUUUCUCUAAAUCCCAGGCUUGAAGUCACAGGUUUCUAAGAUGUUUGGCAAUAAAAAC